UCACGCACCGAUAUGAGAGUUUAGAAAACAGAAGCCUUACUUCAAUCAUUUGCCAAAUAAUGCGGGUAAAUUGAGUAAUAUCGCGCUCUAUCGAAACGAUACGCAGUAUUUGAGAAGUAACAUUCGAGGCGCAAGAAACAAUCAAAGCAAGAAAAGCGGCUUGAAGAAGCUACGCAACGCCCAAACAAGAGAAGUUUAAAAAAAAUAAUCAUAUAAUAGUCUUAACGCGUUUAAGAUUACAGACGUGCUUCGGGUUAACUCGGAAACAUGGCUGCAGGAGAAGUUCUCGUGGCGCUGCUUGUGGUGGUGGUGGUGAGCUGCGCGGCGCGGGGAGGAGGGAAAGGGAACCGGAGAGUGUGUGCAGAUCUUCCCGAGGAGAUCCUGGAGCAGAGGUUCGGUCGCCUCUCCGUCGGAGUGCUCAGCGCUUUCCAUCACACACUCCAACUCACAGCAGAGCCUCAGAACCUGAGCUGCCCGUCAUCAGGUCUCCUGCGGAGCGUCAAGAGGUCCAGCAUGCCGGUGAAUCUGCUAAGUCUUUCACCAUGGGCGUACAGAUUGAGACGCGACCCAACGCGCUAUCCCCGCUUUAUCCCUGAAGCCUAUUGCCUGUGUAAGGGCUGUCUGACGGGGCCGAACGGUGAGGAGAGUGAAGACUACCGCAGUGUCCCGGUGUUUGUGCCCACCGCCGUGCUGCGCCGCUCAGGCUCGUGUGUCGGGGGACGCCGCUCCUACACUGAGAGCUACGAGUCCAUACAGGUGGGCUGCACGUGCAUACCUGCACUCAAGAAGAAUGAGAGCACACACAGGAGCAACCAGAGCACAAGGAGAGCUGUGCAAAACUCCAACAGGCGAAAAAAAGUUACAAACUGAACCACAGGGGCGCUGUUUCAUCAAAAAGCACAAGCCUGUGUGUGUGUUAUUGUGCAGACUGGUUAUCAUUAUAAAGCUGCUGAAAGAAUUACACAAUCAGAUCUGACUGCACUGGACAGGUGAUACAAGUAUAUGUAGGCUUAUCUUGCAUAUCUUUUUAUCAGAGUUACUUUGUGUACAUGCAUGCAUAUGAUUAAGCUGUUUUUACUCAAAAAGUGUAAUAAUAUGGCUGGGAUUGUUGUGAUGGUUUCAGAUGUGAUGUGUUUUGAGCUAGCGCAGAGGCUGAAUUUGAUUGAGUUUGAACAUUCAAACAGGGUGUAAAUGUAUAACAGUUUUUCAGCAAUGUUUUAUUUACCAUAGUAAGCAUCUUAAAUGCAUUUGCUUUCACCAAGUCAAAAUGCUUUUGUCUGUAAUAUGUACAAUUAAUGUUAAUCCUGAUUUUAAAAAAAAUAAUACAUCAAGCAUUAAAAUAUCACGCCAUCCAGGUAUGAUAAACCAGACAAAAUAAUCCCAUAACAAAUUAGGACCAAUUAAAUUGUCUGAACAGUCCAUAAGUCGUAAUAAGCCUUAUUUUAAGGUCUCGCUCCAAGCCUAGAGGAGACCUGACUCAUAGUUAACAUAACACCUGAACUCGUUGGCAAGGUUGUGAUUAUGUUUGGGUAGAUAACUGCAUAUCUUCACAUCCAGGAGUUUUCUUGCAUGCUCUUCCAUAAUAGCCCCUGAAAUUACAAUGACAAUGUCAUAAAUGAGGCCAAAAAUGCUCCAUGUUAUGAGUUAAUCAUUUGGGAGUGAUUUUGUUGAGCUUUGUUUGAGCUCUACUCCACUAACCUGUGCACAGCAGGAUUUUACUCUUGGUGAGGUAUUUUACUGUGAGUGCCACUUUGCUCAGACACUCCUCGGAUAGGUACGGUGGGUCUGCGAUGACGAUGUCAAAGCUCUGUGGGAGGACAUCUUCAGGCAAACACAACGGGUUGUUGUAGUCAUAGAAGAUGAACUCGUCACCAUACACAGCAAAUCGACGGUCAAAUUCAAGCAACAUGGCAGACACACAGUGUGACCCAUCUGUACUCUGGGAUUCCAGCUGCUUCAGCUUCUGGUAGACGCUGGGUGCGCUGAUGCAUGCUAUCCUGAAGGCCAUAAUAAACAUAAGUCAAGUCAAGUCGCUUUAUUGUCAUUUCAUCCAUAUAUAGCUGACACAGUACAUAGUGACAUGAGACAGCGUUUCUCCAGGUCCCUGGUGCUACAUAGACAACAUAGCAAAAUACAAAACAGAAACAACACGGAACUGUGUGUUUUGCCACUCGCUGGCUGCCAGAGCCGUAUGUUUUGCACAUUAAUUUAAAAAUAGGUGUAGUAAUUGAAAAUGAUCUAACCUCCCCUGUUUCCCUGCUUGCUGUACAGCUUCCUGAGCCAACUGUGUAGCCGUCUCAUCGCUGUACCAGAACUGGCUCAUCCCCUGGUUACAGAUAUAACAUCAUAACAUUUUAAUUAAACGUUUUGUACUAUUAUUCCUGUAUAUUAUUAUUAUUAUUAUUAUUAUUAUAUUUUGUACUUAGAGAUUUCAUUUCUUACUAUAAACACCUUUACGACACAGCAUAUCAUUUAUGAUCAGUCAGAAAGAGAGGGUUAAUGAAAAACAUUGAUUCUUUAUAACAGCAGCUCUGACAGUAGUUUAUACAGAUGUGCUCAUCAUUUCUACUAAUUACACAGGGUCUUCGAAGGUGAAGACAACACAAGCAUUUAUUGUUAAUCAGGUGGAAGUUUCUAUAAGAAGACAUUUAUUUAACAUUGUAGAGUGUCAGUAAACUGCUUCUAACAUCAACUUUGAGGACAAAAUGUUCACCUGCUGCCUAAUAUAUCUCACCCACUAACAGGUGCCAUGAUAAGGAGAUAAUCAGUGUUAUUCACUUCACUUCUCACUGCUCAUAAUGUUAUGCCUGAUCGGUGUAUAUAUUUUAAACGACUUGCUGUAUCCAUUUAGAGUUACAUUUAAUGUUGUGGAACAUAAUCUGAAUAAUAUUAUUAUUAUUGCUGAAGAAGUUAAUGCUGGUUCUGAUAGAAAUGUGUCAGAAUACACAGUGCAUGACGGGUCUGGGCUGUUUUGGCAGCAAAAGGGGGACCAACACAAUAUUAGGCAGGUGGUCAUAAUGUUAUGCCUGGUUUUGGUGGAUUUAUUAAUUUUCUUUGGUAUAAGAGUAAUAAAGCACUUUGCGAUGA